AAUGCUUUGUUCUAACAAAAUUGAUGAUUGUUCACAAUUUGAAUUGUGCGAACAAGGUCAAUGCAUGUGUAAUAUAGAAUUUGGUCAAGAAAUUUGUGAUAAUAGCAACAAUCUGAUUUUAAUAAGAAUGAAAACUGGUAAAUUUAAUACAAGCAAAAAAAUUCUUUCAAUGGCAUCUAUUAGCCAAUGUUAUAUGCACUGUUUAAAUAAUACUCAAUUCAAUUGUGCUGGAAUAUCAUACAUAAAACAAAAUGAGGGUUAUCAAUGUCAUCUUUUCAGUGAAAUAUCUUAUCCAUUAAUUGAAAAUGAAAAUUCAUAUCUAAUUAUUCUAAAAGACAAAACUCUAGGAGUAUGUGGUGAAAAUUUUAGUCUAACACCACCAAUGGAACAAUGUUAUAUAAGAAUAUGGAUAGAAAAUGGCUGUUUUGCCGAGGAAUUUAAGCCUAAUGAUUAUGAAAAAUUAAUGACUAUUACGGAAUUUAUUGAUUAUUCGAAAGAAAUGUUUAAAUUGGCUGCACAGAAAUUUAGUGUAAAUGAAAAUUCUGAAAUUUACAGACUAAUCUGCUUUAAAAGAAUUAGUUCCGAAAAAAAUAUAGCAUUUAAUAAGGAAGUAAAUGAUCAUGGACAAUCCUAUUAUCCAUUAGGAAGUCCAUUGCAUGCUGUUGAUGGCCUAUUGCACAGUGACUAUUCAUUAGGUGCCUGUUCAGAAUUGUAUGAUAUAAUGAAUCCUACAAUUUCAAUAAAAUUACAAGGAAAACACAGAAUUAAAAAAGUUGUUUUAUGGCCAACAAAUGGUAAAAUAAAUCAAACAGUAAACAUUUAUGCAGAAAAUUCAAUUAAUUUCUGUGCAAACAAUGUCAAUAUGAUCAUUGAUUUACCUACUAAAGUCUAUUGUAAUAAUCUAAAGAUGAAUAGAGCUGAUGACGUCACGAUUCAAGAAAUAUUCCUGACUUCCCUCUAUCUUUGUGAAGUAGAAAUUUAUCCAGAAAAUGUAGCUUAUUUAAAACCAGUUUUCGCCAAAAUCGCAAAUGAACAUUUAUCUAAAUUAACUGAUGGACAUGAAAGCGAUUUUGCAACAAUGAAUCUUGGGAUUGAUUAUUGGGUUACAAUUAACCUUUUGGCUUACUAUAAUGUUUUUAUUGUAGAUUUGAAACCUUCGUUAACUUCUGAGGGAACCAAUCAAAAUAUUUUGAUUGAAUUAGCCAAUGAAAAUCCAGCUCUAGUUAAAAAUUCUGCAAAUUUCAAUUAUUGUGGCGAAAAGACUUAUUUAAUUCAGAUGCAUCAUUAUUAUUCAAUUGUCUGUAAUAAAGGGGGUGUCAAAGGUCAAUUUGUUGUUUUUCGAAGUAAUUUCAAUCCUUUUCAAAAAGUUGAAAUUAUUGAAAUUGAAGUAAUUGGAAGAUAUUUAAGAAAUUCGGAUAAAGAGAAUGUUAAUAUCUUUUUAAAUAAACCAUCCUGGUCAAUUUCCCAUCAUAAUAAACAAACUGCUGCUUGUAAAUUAACAAAUGGUAUUUUUCAUGAUAUUUUUCAAACAAAGAAAGAGAGAUAUCCUUGGGCAAGAGUGGAUUUGCUUGGAAAUUAUAGAAUUUUUAAAAUGGCUAUUAUGAGUAGAAGAAAUGCAAAUAGAGCCAGAUCUAUAAGAGGAAUAUUAUCAAACUAUACAGAAUUUAUUAUAAAAGAUCAAUACAAUUCUUCUCAAUUAUGCUUUAAUAAUGACAAUGAUUUUGAAAGUGGCGAAUACAGAAUUUGGACUUGUCAACAGCCAUUUCCGGUUGGUAGAUUUGCAACAAUUUAUCUUCACGUGGAAGAGAAAGAAUAUUUUAGUGCUUAUGAAAUUGAAGCUUUUGGUCAACAAAUAAUCAAUGAUAAUUUUACAUUAAUACCAUUAGUUAAGAGUGACAGAACUGUCAAUAAACAAGGUUUUAUUGCUAAAUUGGAAAGUGAGCAAUUACCUUUGAAAGCUAUUGAUGGUUUAGCGCUGAACGAUAAAACAGAAAAUGGUUUUUUCUCAUGUACUGGAAUUAGUAUGAAUGAUGACUAUGAGGGAAGAAUUACCAUUUAUAUGGAUAGUCUUCAUACUGUGGACCAAGUUACUCUUCUUCUUCCAAUCAAUUCAAUGACUUAUAUUUCAAACAUUUAUCGUGAUGCUGCUAUUCAAGUUGCAGUUGAAAUAUUGGAUAUAUACUUACAAAGGCAAAUUUGCUCUUUAAAAAACAAAGCAACACUUGAAUAUUUAUUCUAUAAUUGUCAAUUUAUUGGAGAUAGAAUAUCAUUUCGUAUAAUUAAUGGGACAAGAAAAGUAUUGAAAAUUUGUGAAGUAUAUGUUUUUGGGGAACAACAGAAGUCGCCCAGGGCAGAAGUCGCCCAGGACAGAAGUCGCCCAGAAAUUGAUAGAAGUCGCCCAGAGCUGUGA